AAUGCCUGCGAAUGGCAAUUCUCAUGCGUAUUUCAACAUCGACGAAGUGCGCUCGAAAAAUGUUUUGAAACAAAUUACUCAAUUAAUCAAUGAAGUGACCAACAUCACUGAAACGUUUCCGUUAAAACCUGGACAAACUACUGAAGGACUUGUCGCCACUCUUGAUGCUGCCGUUGCUAAUUUUCUUCAAACGGGAAGCUUUGCAAUUUCGAAAUGCCCAAUUGCAAACAGUGAUCCACGCGCAAUUGAUUUAUUGCACGAAGCUCUUGGAGCAGUUCAAGAUACUGGGCAAGUGAUGAUUCAAACUGGAAGAGAUUUUGUCAGAGAUUCAACUUCAACAAACAAACGAGCUAUUGCAACGAAUUCUGGUAGAAAUUUGUUGACUGCUGUCGCUAAAUUCCUAAUUCUUGCCGACUCGAUUGAUGUAAAAGUGAUAGUUGAUAAAGUAGAUGAAGUUCGAGAAACUGCACACCAAAUGAUUGAAGCGGAUACAAAAAUCAAAGUAGAUGAUUUGUACAAUCUUCUCAUUUCUCAAAUCGAAGAACUUGAUAUCACUGUUCGACGACGAGCCAUUGAUUUGGUUAAACCAAAUCAGAGAGAUGAUCUUCUAGCAGCAAGAUCAGCACUUCGACAGACUGCACCACUUCUGUAUACUUCAACACGAACAUUUGUAAGACAUCCAGAACAUGAAGAAGCUCGAAGAAAUCGUGAUUACACUGCAGAUGAAAUGCAUUCUGCUUUAAAUGCUCUUGAAUCUGUUUUAAACGGACAACAACCGAAAGUAACAUUUUCUGAAUAUGGAAGAAUAGGCGAUCUUAUCAAUGAAAUCGAUACUUUUCAAAAUCGAAUCGAAAUUGAUCCAGCCCAUUAUCGUCGAGGAACUGAUCGUCCAGAUCUUGAAGGACAUUGUGAACGAAUUGUUAGUGGUUCUGCUUCAAUUGCCGAUGCUGAAAGCACUCGUGAAAAUCGAAAACAAAAAAUUGUUGCUGAAUGCAAUAAUUUGCGGCAAGCUCUUCAAGAACUUUUGACCGAAUAUGAAAAAUCUACCGGCCGAAGAGAUGAUAAUGAUGAUAUUCCUCUUGGAAUCGCAGAAGUACACAAAAGAACAAAAGAUCUCCGGCGACACCUUCGUCGUGCAAUUGUAGAUCAUAUAAGUGAUGCUUUCCUGGAUACCCGUACACCGCUUAUUUUACUGAUAGAAGCUGCUAAAGAAGGCCAUGAAGAGAAUACAAGAUAUCGUUCAAAGAUGUUCCAAGAGCAUGCAAAUGAAAUUGUUUCAGUUGCUCGUCUUUCUUGUCAACUUUCAUCAGAUGUUGAAAGUGUUAGUGUCAUUCAGCAUACGGCUGCUCAACUUGAAAAACUUGCUCCACAAGUUGCUCAAGCUGCCAUCUUACUUUGCCAUCAACCUACUUCAAAAACUGCUCAAGAGAACAUGGAAACCUAUAAAAAUGCUUGGUUUGACAAAGUGAGAUUGUUAACGACUGCUCUUGACAAUAUCACUACUUUGGACGACUUUUUGGCUGUCAGUGAAGCACAUAUUGUUGAAGACUGUGAGCGGGGAAUCAAAGGUAUCACGGCAAACGCUUCAACACCGGAUGAAAAUGCGGCCAACUGUGAAACUGUCGACUGUGCUGCCGGAUCGAUACGUGGACGAGCUCUCCGAGUCUGUGACGUUGUCGAUGCUGAAAUGGACUUCCUUCAGAACUCUGAAUACACUGAAACUGUUAAGCAAGCUGUUCGGAUUUUGAAAACUCAACGUGUAGAUCAAUUCGCUGAGCGUGCGAGCGCUUUAGCCAACCGUCAAGAAGCACACGGACUUACAUGGGAUCCAAAAACAAAGGAAGAAGAAAUGAAUGAAUUUAUCAAUGCUUGUACAUUAGUUCACGAUGCAGUUAAAGACAUUCGACAUGCACUUUUAAUGAACCGAAGUAUGAAUGAUGUUGAUUCGGAUGUAGAGUAUGAAGCUGAUGGUGUUGGUGCAGCAAAUGCAGAUGCUAAUCGUACGAUAUCCGAACAAGAAAAUCAACAGAAUCUGAUGAGACGAUUGCCAGAAGAAGAGAAAAAGAAAAUUCAAGCACAAAUUGAUAUCUUCAAAGUAACACAAACACGAUUCGAAAGAGAAGUUGCCAAGUGGGAUGAAACAGGAAAUGAUAUUAUAUCAUUGGCCAAUAAUAUGUGUAAGAUUAUGAUGAGUAUGACAGAAUUCACAAGAGGUUGUGGGCCAUUGAAAACGACAAUGGAUGUUAUCCGAGCAGCACAAGAAAUCUCACUUAAUGGAUCAAAACUAAAUGCAUUGGCACGGCAGAUUGGAGAAGAAAGUGCUGAUUCGCAGACGAAAAAGGAUUUGCUCGCAUAUUUGUCACAAAUCACUCUAUAUUGUCAGCAACUGAAUAUUUGUAGUAAGGUGAAAGCUGAUGUGACUCAAGUUGGAAAUGAGCUUGUCGUAUCUGCACUUGACUCUGCAAUGUCUCUUAUUCAAACGGCUCGAAAUCUUUUAACUGCUGUUGUACAGACUGUUAAAGCUGCAUACAUUGCCAGUACCAAGGUUGGUUCCCUUUCUUUAAACAAAACAUUAAUUAUUAUUCCCACUUGAUGUCUGAUACUAUUGCUUUCCAGCAUUUAUCACACAUUUCUUUUUUCGUACAGACGAUAACGGCUGCUUACGUAAUUCAUUUCAAAUCAGAUGGUAUUUCGCCCACUCUUUUGAGUAGACACGUGGUUUAAAGUGCCAAUAGACCAGUUGCCUUUUGUACACUGAAUUUUGAGAUUUUAGAAAGUGUACCCAAAAGUUUUAGAAAAUUAAAUAAAUAAAAUUAAAAAAAAAAAAAAACAUUCUCAAUAGUGUGCACAACGCGAACGUGCUCGAGUCGAAUCAGCCGUUGCGCUUAGCGAUGCUCACAAAGCUAUUAAUUAUGAAAGUCCGAUGGAUGAAUCUGGUGAGAAAAAAUGAGAAAGCAUUAAAUAUCGUGUUGUGUGGUUUUAUCGAUGUUGUUUUUGAGAAAAAGAGAUAUUGAGCAUGUCGAAUUUAAUUUUUUGCUUUUUUCUCAAAAUUUACGUUGGCUGCUGCGUAAUUUAAUGGUAAAUAUUUUUUAUAGUUAAAAAAAGCUUAUGUCUUGAGUUCAAAUCAGUGGUUAAGACUAUUAAUGUUUGACGAUUUUUUUUUAAUGGAGUAGGGAUUUUGCUUUAAAAAAAUCCAGAAUAGUUUGAUUCUCAGAAAUACCCAAAAAAGAGAAAGAAUGAAAUGUCGAAUUUUCGAAAAUCAGAUUUUUCAAUUUUUGGCGAUUCCCUAUUUGAAUUCUCUCAGUUUGGUGCGAAUUCAAACAUGGAAUUUAGCCAAAAAUUAAAAGCAAAAUCUCAGAUUUUUAUAGAUUUCCUGAAUCCUAGAAAAUACAAAUUAAUUUUCAUUAUAUUCCAAAAAAAAGAAAACAAUUCCAGUUAAAUAUGUUAAUUCAAAUUGGUAAGGACAUCCCUUUCUUAUUUUCCCUUCACACUUAAAAAUCGUUUUCCCAACAAAAAAACAUUUAACUUUCUAAAAAUGCAUUGUAUCGGUCUUGAUGUGUGGACAUCGAUCCCCCAAUAUGUCGGUCUUGUGAUCUUAUACUCCCCCGUAAAAAACUCAUACAUUUUAAACUAGAUUGUAUUGCAACUUUAACUAAGAAAAGAAGAUUAAGUUGAAAAAAAAACUUGAAAGAAAUUGAUACGAACGUAAAAUAUGUGUUAUUGUUGAUGAAAAGUGUCUCGAUGUUGUUUGCUGUUGGUUUCAUUUUCUUAAAUUGCUCGAAUGCUUGGAAUUCUUUGCUGAUAACUUCCUGAAACUCAUCCUUAUUCUUGCAGUUCCGUCGUCCUAAUGCCAACAGUGUACGUGUCGAGUGGCGAAUGGCUCCACCAAAGAAACAACCACUAAUUCGACCACAAAAGAAUAAUGCUAUAAUCAGACGGGCAUCCGAACGGCGACCUUUGCAACCAGCUAAAGUGCUCGCCGAGUUUACGCGUAACGAGAUUGAGACGGGUCGUGAUAGUGACGACGAGGAACUUGAUCGCCGGCAUCAACAAAGAAUAAACGGUCGUUUAUAGAUAAUUUAUUUCAGUUUUAUUCAUGUAUCUUCAUACUUUUCCCUUCCAAAUCUUUCCACACAUCCUUUAUAUGCCCGAGUCUUUAUUAUUUUCUCAUUCUUUCAAUUCUCUUCAGCUAGAAAUUUGUAUCUGUGUAUUUUUUGUAUUCAUUUCUGUUUAAUGCUCUAAAUUCUAUCAGCUCAUCACCGCCACCAUUAUCACCGCAUUUUUCAUUUUUCUCCCCCAUGAAUAUCAUAAUCCAUACUGUUGAAAAUCAGGUAACUUUACAUCUUUACAAUUUAUUUUCGCACUAUCAACCUCACCCUUUCAACGAUUUUUUCUGUAUGAUUCUGAUUUCUAAACUCCCUGAUCUAUGUGCACAAGUUUUUCAAAUUAGAUGAACUCAAUUCUU